AUGCAACCUUCUCAGGCGAUAGUUGGAAAAUCAAGGACUGCCAGCGUCAACCGCGACUCUUCGUACACAUCCGAUACUUCUGACGAGAAACAUCCACGGCAUAGUUUUGCGACUAGUAGUCGGCCUGGGUAUAGCGCCAGACCCUUUCCUGAGUGUGACACCGCCUACCAAACCGUUUGGGUCCCACUCUCGAGUGGCCUGGAUGGAUCGUUCAUGGACUCUGAUGGUGGUGUUACCUCAGAGUUGCAACGCGAGAUCUUGACAAUUACUGCGAUGUUGUCAGUACCAGAUGUAUGGCUGGGCCCGAAUAACCAGCUAACAGAAGCGGAUGCUGCAAAGACCCUGCUAACCGUCCCUGAUGGUGACCACCUGACGCUUCUUAACUUGUAUAACGACUAUACCCAAAACCAAUACCACAAACACUGGACCUGGAACAACUACCUCUCCGCUCGGGCGCUUAUGCAAGCAGACAAUAUACGCGAGCAGCUGAUACGACACGAAAAGGCGUUUUGGAAAGAACGGUUAGCCAGGGAACGAGGGGACCAAUCAAGGUCAAUGACUACCACUAUCGGAGAUGAAGCCGACACCGCUCUCCUGGCUAUCGCCGCGGCAGAGGUCGUGACUCUUGAUGGUGGCGUCCGAACAUGGCCCAAUAAAUUGGAGAUUGGGUAUCUAGAACUGUUAUAA